GCGGUCCCGUAUAAGUUGCACAGAUAAACUUUACUAAUUUAUCAAUAACCUUGGAUUAACUUGGUGGAUUUUAUUGUGUUGUCGCUGUAUAAUAUCCAAAUCUAUCAAUACUCAGGAUCAAGGGCGAUAUAGCUUCUCGAAACGACAAUUUGAAGCUGUGACUCCAUAAAACCAUGGCCUAUUUUCUUGGUGUUGACGUCGGAACGAGCAGCGUACGGGCAGCUCUUGUAACUGAAACAGGAAAGAUUUUGAAAAGCCAUGUUGAACCCACUAAAACUUGGAACCUGGAGCCAGAUUUCUAUGAGCAAUCGUCAGAUGAUAUAUGGAGAGCUGUUUGUCAAUGUGUGAAGGAAGUCACAAAAGCAACUUGCAACAAGAGCAUUAAGGGUAUUGGAUUUGAUGCUACAUGUUCCCUAGUUUGCAUAGAUAAGAAUGGCAAACCAUUAACAGUCAGUCCGUCAGGUAACAACGAACAAAACAUCAUUUUGUGGCUAGAUCAUAGAGCAAUGAAAGAAACCGAAUUUCUUAACAAUACAAACCAUCCUGUACUUCAAUAUGUCGGAGGAAAAAUAUUUCCGGAGAUGGAGACUCCCAAACUUUUGUGGCUCAAAAAAUAUCUUGAAGCCACUUGGAACCAAGCUGGAUAUUUCUUUGACCUGCCAGAUUAUUUAACUUGGAGGGCAACAGAUGUAGAUUCUAGAUCCUCAUGUUCUUUAGUUUGCAAAUGGGCAUAUGAAAUGAACGUAGAUGGCGUAGAAGCCUGGAGCAAAAACUUUUUGGACCAAGCAGGUUUAAGUGAUUUAGCAGAAGACAAUUGGAGAAAAAUUGGCUCAAUAGUACAAUAUCCUGGAGCUCCAGUGGGCUCUGGAUUAUCCAACCAAGCAGCUAAUGAAUUAGGAUUACUUCCUGGCACUCCUGUAGGAACUUCUAUGAUAGACGCACACGCGGGAGGCUUAGGGCUUAUAGGGUGUACAGUUGAAAAGAUUGAUCCACGUUUUGAAACUAGAGUGGGUUUAAUUUGUGGCACUUCAACAUGUCAUAUGGCAGUAUCCAACGAAGCCGUUUUCGUCCCUGGGGUGUGGGGUCCCUAUAAAAGCGCAAUGAUUCCAGGGAUGUGGUUGAAUGAAGGUGGUCAAAGUGCCACAGGGAAGUUGGUAGAUCAUGUUAUUGAUACACAUCCAGCAACUGCGGAAAUUCGAAAAAAGUUGGGUGAUUUGCAUAUAAUACAAUAUCUGAACAACAUUAUUUAUGAUUUGGCCAAAAAGCAAAAUUUGAACGAUCCAGCUUUUUUGACUAAAGAUUUUCAUGUUUAUCCUGAUUUCCAUGGAAAUAGAUUGUUAGCCGACCCGACUUUAAAAGGAAUGAUUUCAGGAUUGUCCCUGUCAAGUGAUGAAGAAAGUUUGGCCAUUCUCUAUUUAGCAACUGUUCAAGCACUUUCAUAUGGUACUCGGCAAAUUAUAGAAAAACUCAAUGAUUCUGGUUACAAUAUAAAAUCCACGCUAAUUUGCGGUGGUUUGAGCAAAAAUCCAAUUUUUACAGCUGCUCAGGCUAAUGUUUGCAAUUUGCCAGUUAUAUGCCCUGAAGAAAUUGAAAGUGUCUUACUAGGAUCUGCUAUUUUAGGUGCUGUAGCAGCCAAUCAUUUUGACUCUCUGGAAGAUGCUAUAAAAUCAAUGGGUGGAAAAGGCAACGCCGUUUUUCCAGAUGCAAAAACUAUCGAAUAUCAUAACAAAAAGUACAAAGUGUUUUUACAAAUGCACAAUGAUCAAAUAAAAUACAGACAAAUAAUGGCAACUCAGUAAUGAUUAUAAUUAAAAAUCAUAAAUAUACAAUGAAAACUGUACCUACUUAUUUUGUUUUUUUUUUAUUGAAACUUAUAAAUAGAAUAAUAAAUAACUUCACAAUAGUAUUAAAUAAAAAUAUCACUCGUCUCUAUCUUCUUUAAUAUCAAUAGAUUUCUUUAAUUGGCACACUCCUUUAGAAUCUCUAAACAUGUCUGGACCACACUGUUCGGUAGCUCCAAUAAGCAUUAAUUCACCCUCCUUUAUGUUAUUUAGUUUCUUUUUAAUGCCAUCCUUUUUCACUACUUUUUUAUCGUCUUCCAUUUUAGUGAGCACAAAGUCUUCUUCUGGAACUGUGAGAACAAAAGCUUUGGUGGAUCUGAGUUUGCGUAAAGACGGAGUUUCCUUGUCGGAUUUUUCUUCAUUAUUUUUUUUUAAUGCCAGCAAGGGUGUUUGAGUAGCUAAAAUUUCAUCGUUCAUCAAAUGACUGCUGGAUUUAGUGAUGUCUACGUGAUAAGGAGCUGUUUUAGACUCGAGAAAGUUAAUAGCUUCAUCGUUGCUUUUUGCGGCAUUCUUAACAUGUUUGGAUUGGUGUUUUGAGUGGGAUCUGAUAAGGAAAUCCAACAAAGUAGGUC